ACUUGUGGAAAUAAAGAGAGGCACCGUCUCUUAUCCUAUCCAUUUACUAUAUUUCUCUCGUCACCUCAAACCCUCCCUUAUGCCUCUCCAGAGAAAACCAAGAAGCCAUGUUAAUAAACGUCUCACAUUCCUCACCAUCUUCUUCCUGUUCACUAAUCAGAUUAAUCAAUUCGAAGACACCCAUCUCAGAAUUCCCUUUAAAACACAAAUCCCACCUCCCAAAAUCUGUAUCUUCUUCUGUUUGCUGUUCAUUUUGUGCAUCAAAUCUGAAAUUGCCUUUCAAGAACCAGUUUUCCCAUCUGAAGAGUGGGUAUCCACGUAGGAAGAGGGGAACUUUCAGGACAUGGGCUAUUGCUGGAUUUGAUUUUGGAAACUUUGAGAGCGCUCAAUCUGUUUUCGAGGCAGCUGGAGUUUUAACAGCCAUCAUCAUUGUUCACGAGAGUGGUCACUUCUUUGCCGCUUAUCUUCAAGGUAUACAUGUAAGCAAAUUUGCUGUUGGUUUUGGUCCUGUUUUAGCUAAAUUUAAUGCAAAUAAUGUAGAGUAUUCCAUUAGAGCUUUUCCACUUGGGGGUUUUGUGGGUUUUCCUGAUAAUGAUCCUGAUAGUGAUAUUCCGGCGGAUGAUGAAAAUUUGCUCAAGAAUAGACCAAUAUUGGACAGGGUCCUUGUAAUUUCUGCUGGGGUUGUUGCCAAUAUAAUCUUUGCCUAUGUGAUUAUACUAGCGCAAGUUUUCUCAGUUGGUCUGCCUAUACAAGAGGCUUUUCAUGGUGUACUUGUGCCUGAGGUUCGAGCCUUAUCUGCUGCUUCCCGUGAUGGGUUGCUUCCUGGUGAUGUAAUUAUGGGUAUUAAUGGUAUUGAAUUGUCAAAAUCUGGCCCAAGUUUGGUUUCCCAGGUUGUUGAUGUGAUUAAGAAAAAUCCAAGAAAAAAUGUGUUGCUGAAGGUGGAGAGGGGGAAAGAGGAUUUUGAAAUUGGUGUUACCCCAGAUGAAAAUAUGGAUGGAACAGGUAGGAUUGGAGUACAAUUAUCCCCAAAUGUGAAGAUUUCAAGGGUUAGACCCAGGGAUAUACUUGAAGCUUUGAAUUAUGCAGGGCGGGAAUUCUGGGGUCUCUCAUCCAAUGUCUUGGAUGGUUUGAAGCAGACUUUCGUUAACUUCUCGCAGUCAGCCAGCAAGGUCUCGGGUCCAGUUGCUAUUAUUGCUGUUGGUGCAGAAGUUGCAAGAUCAAAUAUUGAUGGGCUUUACCAAUUUGCCGCUGUUCUAAAUCUUAACCUUGCAGUGAUUAACCUUCUCCCAUUACCUGCUUUGGAUGGAGGUUCCUUGGCCUUGAUCCUCUUAGAAGCAGCUAGGGGUGGAAGGAAGCUCCCUCUAGAAUUGGAGCAACGUAUCAUGUCGUCGGGGAUUAUGCUUGUUAUACUUCUUGGUUUAUUCCUCAUUAUACGGGACACACUGAACCUUGAUUUUAUCAAAGAAAUGUUGUGACACUUACAUGGUCUUUGAACUCAAGAAAUGAUUUAAGCUGGAAAAAAAUUGUGACAUCUGCCAGUUCUGAUUGCUGGCAAAAUCUCUGAAGGGAGUUUGCGGUCAAUGCUAGCCUCUUGUUGGUUCUUCUGUGGCACAGCCAGGUAGUUUAUGGCUUACCAUCUUCUCAAUUUGUUUUGUUUUAUCAUAUGUCAAUCUUCUUCAUUGGCUUGUAAAUCCUAUUUCUCAUUACACUGGUGAUGCUGGCUUGGGUUCGUAACUCCAUAAUUGGGUUUUUUCUCUCUGUUAAUUCAUGCAGAUAUGUGUAAGAUUAGAAUUCAUUUUAAUCAUUAAAUAAUUGAGAAUGCUUGGAUGUUUUAGUUUGAA